AUGGAAGACAUUCGAAUUAUAUUUGUAUUACCAGAGUCACAUGAAGAUGAAACCCAAUGCUCGGAUAUAAUGCAAUCUUCAUUUGAGUAUUGUAAACAAAAUGUGCCUUCGGAAGUAGAAUGGCUCCGUGAAUCGGCAUUGCAAUCUCUGGAACUGAAAAAAACCGAUUUCGUUGUAUUCGAUGAAUUCAAAGGGGAAUAUUUCAAUUACGUAAAUUCCACAAAAUGCGCGAUUGUAGGACCAAAAGCGUUAAGUUAUUGCCUUCUCGAGGGGAAACCGAUACCAAAUUUCGAUUGGCCCAUUUACAAUGUCGCCAUGUACGAUUGCAUCGUGACCUGCUCGUUUUUACCUAAAGAACUCAAAUUAGAAAUGAAAAAUAAGAUUCAAUUAAUGGGAGGUUACUAUUCGGAGAGUCUCGUGGAAAAAACUACCCAUUUGAUCGCUGGAAGUGCCAAGUCACAAAAAUACUUGACCGCUGCUGAAACGGGCAAGAAAUUGAUGCAAACCACUUGGGUAGAGGAAGUCUGGAAACUUAGCCAGACUGGAAACGUUCACGCGGAUAAUAAAGAAUUCGAGAAACACCGUUGCCCGCCGUUUCACAAUCUCGUUAUUUGUUCCAGCGGUAUAACCGAUUUGAAUGAUAAAAGAAAAAUAGAGAAUCUGGUUAACGAAGGAGGCGGGAAAUUCACGGGAAAAUUAAGAGUAGCCGAGACUGAUUUUUUGGUAUGCGUCAAUGUAUCGUGGAUAAUUGAUAGCGUUAAAAACGGUUACGCUUUACCCCACGAACCGUAUCAAAUACAAAAAAUGACGUCGACUCCGACUAAAAUCGAUUGCCCCAUCAAUCCGGAUUUUUCCGUUUUAAGUGCGAUUGGAAAUGCGACGGCCGCUCAAAGGAUGUCUAUCGAUGAUACUAAUAUACCUGGUGGAGCGAUUAAUUCCCCUGCAAAUAACAAAAGAAAAGUUUCUGAUACGCUAGGCAACUUGUUGGGCGGCAUUUCUAACUCUGGUCUAUGUAAAGCAGUCCAACAAAUCGAACCGAUGGACUCUGAACAAUUUCGAGAAAUAUCCUCACGAGACGAAUCAUUCGUGCCUUUGACGCAAGAUGCAGAAUCGGAAAUUAACAAGUUUUUCGACCAUUUGCAAUUUUUCAUUUUCGAUUUUAACACGAAACCUUUAAAAAAUUGCGUAAUAACAACCAGCACUUACGUGGCGCAGGAACGAAUUUUCCUCCAAAAUCUAAUAGAAGGUUUAGGCGCGACGGUUCAAGAUUUGUUCUCUAGAAUCGACAAGGAUUCGCAAAAUCUACGCGCCAAUACUCAUUUAGUGAGUUCCGAGGCGCAGGGAAAGAAAUACAACGCCGCCCAAAAGUGGGGUCUACCCGUUAUUAACAAAGACUGGCUCAUCGAGUGCGUUCGGACCGGUAAAAAAGUCGAAGAGGACGAGUAUAUCUUGGAUAAAGUCUCUAAAAAUAAGGAACAAUCCGGAAAUUGGUCGUCCCAAACCGGCGGGGUAUCGACAUCGAAUGCUCCCGGGGCAGAAAACGUACCGACUACACCUGUAAGCGAUAAAGCACGAAAAGAAUAUACCGUACCACCUGUGUGGUCUCUAAUGAAAACCCCGGAAACGCCGUACGAUGCCCGAUCGACCGUCACCGGAUAG